GGUCCGUCCUGGUAGCAAACCGUCGGCCCAAAAUCGUUGGCGGCCCCAAAAGGCGCAAGAUCGAGCAGCCGCCCCAUGGAACAAACCGCCGUGGAACCUGUUUCUUUUCUUUCAAUAUUUCCUUGAUCCGGCAUCCCAUAAUUCACUGGCUUAGUGCAGAGUUUUUUCUUAUUAAUUUACUUUUCCCGCCUCUCGAUGCUAACGCGUCCCAUCCGAUAUACCAAAACACUCGCCCAUCCGUGCCCGAAAGCGCCGGACCGAGCCUAAGCGCCCAGCCCAAUCUCUUCUCACAGUCUCACUGCCCGGCUUUUUGGGGGCGGCCCCUCCCUGGACCCUCGCUCCCUCUUAAACUUGAUUCAUGCCGCCAGCCCUACCUCUACCUGACCUUGGCACCUUUCAUGUCACUUUCUACAACCACAUCAUCGCCGACAGUAGCUUUGGAUUUUACGGGCGCAAGAAGCGACUCGAAGAGACAAUUUGACCUCCUAAUUGAAAUUGUCAAACCUACAUAAGGAUUGAGAAUCCAAGUGCGAUUUUGAUCGACCAAACUGUAUACGCAGGCAUCCACAAUGGCGUCGGUUACGUCACUGGACAAGGACCUGCGCAAGAUGCGCCUCGACAAAUACACCCCAGGCGCUGCUAAAGAAGUCCGGGAAUGGAUUGAGUCGACCUUGGGCCGUAGUCUACCCGCCGGCGACCUUCUAGAAGCACUCAAAGAUGGCGUUGCGCUUUGCAAUCUCGUCAACCUUGCCCUCCCGCCACCGGGUAUCAAGUUCAAGACCUCGUCGAUGCCGUUCGUACAGAUGGAAAACAUCUCACACUUUCUUCGCGCCUGCCAACAACCCCCACUUAACCUCCAGCAACAUGACAUGUUCUUGACCGUCGACCUUUACGAAGCCAAAGAUCCCGCCCAGGUCCUGCAGUGCCUGGGUGCGUUUAGCCGCGCCGCCAACGCUGCCAACCCAUCCGCCUUCCCCACCGCCAUCGGUCGCUCCCGCGCAGGUAGCAUCUUGAGCCCGCAGUCGACCGGCCCCGUCCCCCUGCGCGGCAGGGGUGCUUCGAAUGCCAGCAACGGCUCCUCAGUCUACGGCACCGGCAACCGACCUACCCUCACGGCAACCAGGACGGGAGACUCUGGGUCCGGCAGGUGGAGCCCGACCAAGUCCCCGACCUCGACUAGCAGCUGGAGCAGGCGAGAGCACGAAGGCUCGACAUCGCCGGCAUGGAACAUCGCCCAGUACGGGUACAUGGGUGGGGCGAGCCAGGGUAACCUCGGCAUAGCGUUCGGCGGCAGGCGGCAGAUCACGAGCGCGGGACCGCACGUGCCAAACCUGGCCGAGAAGGAGCGGAUGCGGAAGCUGCGCGAGGCGGAGGCGGAGCAGCAGCGGGUGCAGAUGGAAGAGGAGGAGCGGCGGCGCAAGGCAGACCUCGAGGCCGAGGAGCAGCGGGCCAGGCUAGAGGAGGAGAAGAGGUGGGAGGAGGAGACCCGGAGGCAACGCGACGAAGAGGCACGCCGGGCGGAGGAUGAGAAGCGCAAGUGGGAGGAGGAGGAGCGGCAAUGGAGGCUGGCGGACGAGAAGAGGCGGAAGGAGGAGGAAGAGGCCGAGAGGCGGCUGGCGGACGAGCGGUCGCGGUCCCGUAGCAAGAGCGACGCGCGGCUCAGGGGCCAAUUCCUCAGCCAGUACCAGGCCGAGCAGGGAAUCAAGCCCCAGCGCACGGGCGAGCCGGGAGAGGAGUACAGGUCGCGCAUCGAGCAGCUCGAGAAGGAGCUGGAGCGUGCUCGCCAGAGGGAGCAGGAGUACGAGCGUGAGCGGCAGGGACGGCCGCUGCCGCAACCUUCCGCCGAGUCGUCGUCCAAGUCGAGGACGCGCUCGCGCAGCCGGCCGGCGGCCCAAGCACGUGCGCCAAGCCGCCAGGAUUCGUGGUCUAGGGACGAGCGCGAAGUCCUCCGCACGGCGUGGGACCGGGAGCAGAAGAUGAAACCGUCGCCGCUAGGCAAGCCGCAAAACGCCCCUACGCCAAGGCCGCUCCCAGAUCCGGCAACGGCAGCCGCCGCGAAGCCGGAGCCACCCCCACCAAACAAGCUUAGGAAGCAGCGGACUGGUGAGCCGAUCAAGCAGCACCGCACCGGCGAGCAGCAGCAGCAGCAGCAGCCACCGCAGCAAGUCAAGUCCCACCGGACAGGAGAGCAAAAAGUCCCUCCGCCGAAGCCGAUGAAGCCUCAGACCACGGGCGGGUCGUCUAGGCCACUUCCCGACCCCAAGGCCUACUCAAACCGGACGGACCAGUUCCUGUCGAGCAACCCUGCACCGGCGGCUCAGCCAACGCAGCCGACCUACUCGCGCGAGCUGGGCGCCACGGCCGAGCGCGACGGCGAGGACCGCCGCCGGCAGCAGGCGCAGCAGCGCACCAAAGCGGGUGGCUGGGCGUCCAAGUCGCUCCUGGAGCGCGAGAUGGAGAUGGAGCGCCAGCGGCAAAAGGAGUGGGAGGAGGCGCAAGAGGAGACGGCCAAGGCGAAGAGGCCCGCCGACGGUGCCGUAGACGGCAUCGGUGGCGGUGUCGGCGGCAGGUGGGACGUCGGGCAGUGGUCCGGCUACACGGGCGGCGAUAGCCAGAACCGCGGACAGCAGGGCAUCGGGGCCGGAAGGAGACAGAUUGUUGGCCCGAGGCCGUUGCCGGGCAGGUGAGGAUGGAUGGAAAGUGUUCGGUGGAGGGGGUAUUUUUUGUAUUUUGUGCAGGUUUGACGAGUUUGUGAUGAGUGUUGUGUUUAUUUGUCUUUCUACGGCAUGAUUCACGCUUCUUGCUUGUUACCCCAUGUUUGCCUUUACUCCCUUUAAUAGAAAGCAAAGACUAGGUUUGGAAGUUCGCCUAGUUCUGUUGAUUCUAUAGAUGACUGUGAAGAGAUCGAGUGGUGAUACGUCGACGAUACUGGAUUCCAGGGCGGUGGUCGCAGCAUAAUGAGUUUUUGAUAAAAGAAACGGCCACAAGGAACUCCAACGCCUAAAAUGGUACCUUGCAGUGUCUCCAAGCACUUGAUUUCUUAAACCUAAAUAAAAAAGUAAGGGUCCAUGAACUCUG